AUGCAGCCAGGGAAUGAUACACAAAGUUUAGAAUUCUUUCUCCUGGGAUUCUCAGAGGACCCAGUGCUGCAACCCCUCAUACUUGGGCUCUUCCUCUCCAUGUACCUGGUCACUGUGGCUGGGAACCUGCUCAUCGUCCUGGCCAUCCUCUCAGACCCCCACCUCCACACGCCCAUGUACUUCUUCCUCUCCAACCUGUCCUUGGUGGACAUCUGCUUAACCUCCACCACCGUCCCCAAGAUGCUGGUGAACAUCCAGACACAGAGCAAAGCCAUCAGCUACACAGGCUGCAUCACCCAGAUGUUCUUCUUCCUGAUUUUUGUAGAGUUGGACAACUUCCUUCUGGUUGUGAUGGCCUAUGACAGGUUUAUGGCCAUCUGUCAGCCUUUGCACUAUGCAGUCAUCAUGAACCCCCGGCUCUGUGUGCAGCUGGUCCUAGUGUGCUGGGUCAUCAGUGUCCUGCAUGCCUUGUUACACAGCCUACUGGUGCUGCGGCUGUCCUUCUAUACACACCUGGAAAUCCCCCACUUCUUCUGUGAACUGAACCAGGUGAUCCACAGCAGCUGCUCUGACACCAUUCUUAAUGAUCUCAUUUUGUAUUUUGUAUCUGUGCUGCUGAGUGGAGGUUCCCUGGCUGGGAUCCUGUACUCCUACUCUAAGAUCGUCUCCUCCAUCCGUGCAAUCUCCUCUGCUCAGGGGAAGCAUAAAGCCUUCUCCACCUGUGCCUCUCACCUCUCUGUCAUCUCCUUAUUUUAUGGCACAGGAAUAGGUGUCUACCUUAGUUCUGCUGUUACCCAAAACCCACACACAACUUCAAUGGCCUCGGUGAUGUACACGGUGGUCACCCCCAUGCUGAACCCCUUCAUGUACAGCCUGAGGAAUGAAGACAUAAAGAGGGCCCUGAAGAGAUCUUUGGAAGGAAAACUUUGA